AAUACCUAUAGUGCAGUGUAUACACAAAACACAAGUGCAGUGGAAUUUUAUUGAUAAAAUAAAAAAAAUGUUAUAAAGAAUUUUAAACACAAUUUAUAAUAAAUUAAAACAUAUUAGAAAUUAAGCUAACUCUUUUUUUGUAAAGAUUUUCUAACAGCUAACAAAAAACUUCUCUAUAAAAAUGGCCAAGUGAGUAGAAGCAAAAAAAGAAAAAACACUAGUGUAAAGCAGUAACGCCCCUCUUGGGCAAACAAGACGAUAGACAUGCAUGAAAAACGUUUGCAAAUUUUGUUGAUAACUUAAAAUAUAUAAAUCUUAAAAAAACAAUGCUUUUCUUUAAUUCAGUUUUUAAUGAUAUUGUUGAUUUUAUGGACAGUUUGUUGGAUGGCGAUGAUAAGAGGGAAACAAUGAUUGUGUUUGUUUACGAUACCGAGUGUUUGAAGGAGGAAGCUGAUGAUCCGGUUAAAGCGGUGUUGUAUUUCCAUCCCAGCUGGGUGUCGGAUACCCAAAAAGUGGCCUUGUGCGGCCAGUUAAUGGGUUCAUCUUAUUUUCUCAAGGAUUGUUUCUUUAAGCCACGCAUUAUAUCUUUACAGAAUGGUAAAUUUGUUUUUAAGGAAUUUGGAAGAUUUAUAUUGGCCGUGGGUACGGAUCGCAAUAUCACAGAUUAUCUAUUGCAACAUCGUGCCGAUUUAUUAGCCUCAUUGGUUAAGUUUUAUCAUCGUGACUUGCAGCUGGUCUAUGAUCAAUUUCCCUUGCAGUCUCAGUACAAGAAUUUAUCGGAAAAGUUAUAUCAUAUUUUUGAAACAUAUCUACCAAUUUUACAAUACAAUGGCAAUAUUUUUCAAAAUAUACCCAAGCUACGUAUGCCCAAGACGGCCAGCAAUAUCUAUUUGGAAGCCAUACAAACUUUGCAAUGCUGCCAACAGACAAAGGGAGUAUUGGGUGGUGCCAUACUAUAUCAUAACAAAGUUGUUGCUUCUCAACUAAGUGAUGCUGUUACCAAACAAAUAGUUCUUACCGAUCCCUUGCACAUAAGAACCACUGGCGAACAGUUAACCUCCUCUGAAUUUCACAUUCCCAAUGGUGUGCAAAUGCUAGUGGUCUAUCUGGAUACCCUACAAUAUCGUAAACUUCAAGCUGAAGCUCAACGAGCACAAAAUCUGCAAACCACCCAAUUGGGUCAAGGGCCUUUGCCUUUCCAGUAUAAUAAGCGCAAAAUGAAAAGAGAUAAAUCUUUGAUAUUUACCCAUAUACCCGAAGAGAAUACCACCACACACACCAUUAGCGAACAUCCAGAGGAACAAGCUGAAGAGGCCACCACCAACGCCGACCCCAUCAUACAGCCCCCAGCUCCUAUUAGACCUAAAAGUCUAAUGAUGACACGGCCCACACACUUGCCGUUGCGCAUAAAAAACUAUGCCAACAAAGAAUUGCCCGAAUCGGGUAUAGCCUCCAUUAAUUUUGAUGAAACUGAUUCGUAUCCCGAAUUCAUAGGACGCACUAGUGUUUGUUCCACACCCAUGGCUGAGAAUAAGGUGUUGGCGGUGGGCAAUAUCAUGUCCAUAUGUGCCAAUCCAGAAGAUGAGAAUAACUCCAACAAACAGGUGGAACAAAACAAUACUUUGCAACAGAUUAACAGACGCAAUUCAUUGAAAAAAGAUUUUGAAAAAUUCUUCCACAACUUCAUAACAAAUCCCAAUAAAAUGGAACGCCGUAACUCUUUAACCGAUAUCCAUGAUUCUUUGAAGAAAUUUUCGAAAAAGAUUUCUUUAAAACAAAUCUCACAAAGUUUUAAGACUGAUGUUAAUCGCAAUGGUAAUGGCGCAGCUGAUAUGUCUCCCGAUUUUAUAGAGAACGAUGAUGAUGACGACCAAAAUUCCGAUAAUUCCGAUGAGAAUAAUAAAACCUCCCGCACCAUAACAGAUCCCACCAAUCCUGUGUUUAAUGCCAAUGGCCAGCCCAUAUCGCGUAGCUUGUUUCAGGAAUUCCUUGAAAAAUACUAUAAACUAUGGGGCGAGGCUAGCGAGGAAACCAAACAAGAUGAGGAUAUAGCCAAACUUAUAGAAGAGUUUAAAGAGUUUGAUAAUGAGCUUAAGAAGUUGGAUGAAUCGCUUAGAAAUCCCAACUCAAAUAAAACAUCUUCGAAUACGACCAAUAUCAACAAACCAGAUCGUAAUUUGAAUUUGGAAAACUCUUUUAACCAGCAAAAAGCCAAGACACCUUUGGAUAAAAAAUCUCUUAGUUUGCCAUUGAAAAAUAUAUCGGAUUCCACACCCUCUGGCGAACGUCCAGCUCUGACUUCCUCACGCAAACAAUUGGGUGGCGUACCUUUGACACCACUCAUGGCUAAGCUAUCGGUAUUGGCCUUGAAUGAAGAACGCCCAGCUUGGGAUGCUACCCCGGGUGCUAAUAUUGAAAUUCAGACACCUUUGAAUACUUCAAAAACUCAAGGCAAACGUAAUUCUCUGAAAUGUGAUGAUGCUGUAGAUGUUUUGACUUGUUUAUCCUCGAAUGCGGGCAAUCAGGAUGGUUUGCAAAAGGCCGAACUGUAUAUAUGUGGUCAGCAGAAUAUGACGCUGUUGUUGUUUAUGGAGGAAGGUUGUUCGCAGCAUUCAAAACUCGUACAGAAAAUGUUCGAUAUUUGUGUUUCCAAAUUUCCCCACAUGGAAUCUCAUCUCAGUCAAACCUUAAACAUAAACGUUGAGGCUGACAAACGUGACGGCAGCUAUAGUUUUUUGUGCAUCGACUCCAAAUGGGAUGCCUUAGAACGCAAUGGUCCAUGGAAUCCAGUAGAAAUCAAUACAUUAGAAUGCAUGCAUCGUGACAUGUUGAAUAAUAAACAAUUAACCGAUUUAAUAUUACGUUCAUAUGACUCCGUGUACUAUGGCUAUAAAUCGGGCAGAACAGAAAUAUUUUAUAAAGAGCCAGCUCGAGAAAUAACUGGCAUACCACCACCCUCAGAUCCCAUGGGUAAUAUAGCGAUGAGAGCCAAAAAUAGAUUAGAACGCGAUCAUUCCUAUAUACUGUUUUAAAAACAGAUUUAACAGGAAAAUUAAAUAAAAAAAAUAUUUUUAGAAAAUACUCGCCAAGUUUAAAAUACACGAGAAUAAAAUAAUGGAAAUUUGAAAAUUAAAGUUAAUUAUACAAUUAAAAAAAUACAUACAUUCCUUUAAAACAAAUAGUAUAAAUAUUAUGGAGACGUUUAUAUUUUAAACAAACCUUUUUCCAAAAGAGGAUUUUUUUUUAUAAAAACACACUUACACGAAACGUCUCCUCAACUUUUUAUAGUAAAUUACACAUUUUACCCUUAAAAAAACAAGUUUUAAAUGUUUAGUAAAUACUAAAAUGAUGAUUAUUUUUUGUUAAGAAUAUUUUGUGUCAAAAUUAAGUUUGAAUGUCAAAGCUUUUUUUAAAUUUUAGCUAUUAAUUUUAGUUGUUGGCUUAUUGAGUACAAAAAUUGUUUUGCUAAAUUUUGUUAUUUAUUUUAUAAAGCUUUAUAUUUUAUAAUUUGUAGCUAGUCCUUAAAAAGAAAUUAAUUUCAACAUUCCCUUUAUGUAAGUAUAAGUUAAAGGUGGAAUUAGAAUGAGUUAAAAUUAAGCUUAGUGCAAGAAUUUAUUUAUUGAAAUCCAUAAAUACUUACACUUACUUUAAUUUUUAAAUCAGUUUAAUUCCAACCUGAAGUUCUUAAAUAAUAAAUAAGUUUUAUUAAUUCAUAAAACCUAGAUUUUGUUUGUUUAUUGUGCCAACUACAAAACAAAAAUAAGAAGAAAAAUAAGAUUUGAAAACAAAUAUGCCGUCAAAAAGCUUUAUAGCAUUAUAAAAUAAAGCUUAUUUUUAAUAUUUAUGUAGCCAUAUUAUGUAUUGUAUAAGUGGGAGUUAAGAAAAAUAAACAUGAAGAAACAAAUUUCAAAUAUUUUUGCGUCCUUAGAUAAAAAGAACUUUUAAACAAAAUAUUUUUAAUAUUAAAAACCAACAAGAAGACAACCAUGUAAAACUAUGGUACGAUUUUAACUGCGUAUAAUUUUUGUUUCUUUACAAAAAAUGUUAUAACGUCAAUAUUUAAAGGGUUUAUAAACCAUUUUUCCUACAAACAAAAUUGUGCAAUUUUACUUUAAGUUUAUUACUGUUGUAAUUAAUUAUUUAAUCUUUUUUAUGAUUGUAAUUAUAUUAAUAUUUUUUUAUUAUUAUUACAUAUACUUAUUGCUUUUUGCAAUUUUCUAUUUUAUAUUAUUUUAUGAGUUUUUUUGUAGUAGCGUAAUAUUAUUAUCACCAAAUAGUUGGAGUUUUGAUAAAUAAUAUUUUAUCAUUUGUAGUGAUUUCAAUGAAGCAAAUGCAAGAAAAAAAAAUAAUGAUAAAUUAAUAAAAAUAAUCAGAUGUUUGGAAUAAAAAA